AUCGGUCGCAUUCGAAGUUUUUAAUACGGGUAUAUCUACAUUCACAUCAUAUAUCCAGAUUUUCGCGAGGAUGUAGUUCGUUGAAUUUUUCUAUUGUGUUGUGGACUUUUUUUGAUGGACAUUUUUGGGUGAAGAAGACUUUUCUUGUGUUUUCUGUCUCGAUGCAUUUGUAUCGUACUUCUACGCGGUACCCGCGGUUAUGGUGGCCUUUUGAUCUGACCAAUUCAUUCAAUCAUACUUAAACCGGAAUAUGGGAAUUUGUCUGGAUACAGAACAGAAUGAUGGUUCCCAAGCGUUCGAAGAAGGCAAUGAAACGUGGGCAAAUACCCCAAGGGGUGCCAACGUUGCUACACCUCCAGCUGGAAAAUUCCCCAACCAUAAUGGAACUGACAUACAUUUCGAAGCACCGAAGGUCCCUGUUAUAUUCGUUCUUGGUGGUCCUGGAAGUGGUAAGGUGACUCAUUGCGACAACUUGAUGCAAGAAAAAAGAGGGGUGACUCACAUCAAUAUGACGGACCUUCUACAACAGUACGCCAUAGGAAAUGACAUGCAGGAUUUUGGUAUGCUAUCUAGCAAGACUGUCACCGAAGUUCUGAUGUUGGAAAUGAAGAUGUGCCCGAAUGCCAAAACAUAUCUUGUAUCAGGGUACCCUAGGAAUAUGCGUGAUGUCGUCGAGUAUUCAGAUAAGAUUCAGAUGGUCCAAGGUGUCAUUCUAAUAUCCUGGAGGCAGAAAGUUUUAGAGAGACAAAUAGAUUAUGGUGCCAAAUUAGGUCAAGUUGUUUUAUCUUUAGCUCGUAUGGAACUCAAUAAUUUUUACAAGAACGUGAUACCUGUAGCAGAAUAUUUCGAUCAGAGCAAUAUGUUGAUUUCGAUAAACGGUGAACGUGCCCCGAGUGACGUCUAUACAGAUUUUCGAAGUGCAGUUUUUCGAAUUUUGGGAUCACAAGACAACCCUCCUGUAUUUGCUAACGGAAAAGUAGUCCCUGUGCCAGAUGACGUCACAACUGAACUUCCACUAGUGUCCACGCUACCCCCCUCUCAACUUUCGACUCAACCAGCCAGGUCCGAGCCAGACCGACUCGUCAUCUCGCCCCCGCGGCCUCGCACCCAAGUGAUCUCCGUCAACGCCAAUCGCCCCCACUCCCAAUCCCCCACCAAGCCCUCGUACCCCCCGGUGCUGUGGGUGCUGGGCGGUCCGGGCAGCAACAAGGCCGCCCUGUGCUCCUCUGCAGCCGCGGAAACGGGCUGGCACCACUUCAGCCUGGGCAGCACUCUGAGGGCUGCAGCAGACGGGGCUGGCAUCAGGCCCAGCCCGGAGAUCGCCAGGUUAAAGGAGAGCAUCAGCAAGGGGGAGAUGGUGCAGCAGGGCACGGUGAUGAGGUAUCUGGAGUCGCAUAUGAGGGACAAUAUGGGCAAACAGGGAAUUAUUCUGGAUGGGUUCCCGAGGGAUAUGGAGCAAGUGAGCGAGUUCGAGAGCAAGUUCAAACAGAAACCAACUGUCAUCCUCCUAGACUGCUCCAAGCUUCAACUAGGCAGAGGCAGAUUGGACGACAGUGUGACAGCCUUCAGAAGAAGACUAGAAAUCUUCAGACAAUCUUCAUUGCCGAUGUUAAAAGCUAUGGACAGCAUUGGGAGACUGACGAUUGUGGAUGGAGAUACAGAUACACUACCAGUUCAAGAAGACUUCAAAGCAGUCGUCAGAGAACACAUUAACUACAUAAAUUCUGAGCUAGGAACAGCUCCAGCAACUCUGCAAAACGGUUACAUAGCUAAUGGUAACAUACCAAAUGGCAACAUACCAAAUGGCAACAUACCAAAUGGUAACGUUUCAAAUGGUAAUGUAUUGAAUGGCCACUUAUCUAACGGCCACGGUAUACCAAAUGGCAAUGGCUACACGAACGGUUAUGCCAACGGGCAUUUACCAAAUGGUAAAGUGCCGAACGACACCCUUUUACAAGACCUAGAAGAUGAACCCAUAGAGACAAUAAGUAAGAGAGUGGCGAACGGUGGUACGCAUAUGACCAACGGCCAUGUGAUGGCCCCUGGGAUGACCAAUGGUUUCGUUUCGAAUGGUUUGCCAACGUAUAGCCAAGUGAAUAUGGAUGGGCAUAUCUGAAGUUAUGCGAAGGUGCAGUUAAACAAUGUGAUAGAAAUGGUGCGGUUAAGAUUAGGAUGAUAUUAGUGCCUUAGGAAUGUUAAUGCGCUGAUCGAAUCAGGUUGGCUGAUUUUUUGGUCAUCAGCAUCAUGAUGUCAAAGAAAUGGAUUACUGAGAUGUUUGACUAUUCAUAGCUUACUGUUAUUGUUUCUUCAUAGGUCUAUUUAAACGAAGAAAUCGAUGUGUUGCUUUGCCAAAGAUGAUUGUCACAACAAUAUACAGUGUGACCCACUUCUAAUGGAAACACUGCUGUAUCUAACGUAAUCGUUGGGUAAGGAUCCUGAAAUUUGCUGGAGCGAGAGAUAUAUCAAGAAUUCACUCUAUGACUAAGUGGGGUCAUCUUCAGUGAUAUACACUGCUCGCCAACAGUCAUGGAACCACCCCAAUUUCCGGAAAAUGAUAUUAGGAGUCAAAAUAGGUUGAAAAUCACUUCGAAUUCGGAAUCAGGACGCCCAAUUCACUAACUAUUCAUAGUUUUCCUAUGAAAUUUUCAGUUCAGAAAAAUUAAAUUUUGUCUCACUUCUCAUGGAAGCACCCCCGUAUCUCACGUAAUUAUUGAGGUAGGGUUCUGAAAUUUGCAGGAGGAAGUGAAAGUCCAGAGAUAAAGUCAGUUACGUAAGAUACAGGGGUGCUUCCGUAAAAAUUGCGACAAAAUUUAAUUCUUCAGAACUGAACAUUUUCGAGGAAAAAUAUUGAUAGUUUGUCAUUUGGGCGUCCUGAUAACGUAUCUUAAGUGAUUUUUGACCUAUUUUGACUCCUGGAAAUUUGGCUGGUUCCAUGGCUGUUGGCGAGCAGUGUAUAUCACUGAAGAUGACCCCACUUGGUCAUAGAGUGCAUUUUUGGUAUAUCUCUCGCUCCAGCAAAUUUCAGGAUCCUUACCCAACGAUUACGUAAGAUACAAGGGGGGGUUCCAUCAGAAGCGGGUCACACUGUAUGACAGCAUUAAUCAAAAAUUUUGUUAGAAAAAUUGAACGUUUUUUUCAGAGGUAUUAUACAAAAUGAACUAAUGACCAUAGAGCUUUUAUAACUUUCAUUAUUGAACAUUUUGCUCUCUGUGGGUCCAACAGUAUUCUAGGUUAACUCAUUGGUUAAGUAUUAUAUUGAGUAGGAUUUAGUCAUGAAGAUAUUAUAUUUACUAUUAAGACAAAUAUUAUUUUAAAGUAGUGUAUACAAACCGCUGGUCGGUUGUUUUUGUUCAUUGUUUCUAUGUUAUACCAUAUGGUGAAUAAGUGGCAAAUAAUCGUAAAUAUGCACUUGCAGGUUUGUAGACGACAGUAAUUUUUAAUGGAAGCUAUUUUGUAGUUUUGUAUAUGAGUAGUUGUAUGAUUGCAAACAUAAUCAGAGAAAUUAUAUAGUCACCUGUACAUCUCGAAUUUUGUUGUAAUUUCUUGUGGACAAUUGUGAUAUAUUACAAAAGUGCAAGAGUGCAGGAUAAAGGAUGUGAAAUGCCUUGAAAACUGGGAUUAGAUACCUACACCUUAUAUACAUAAAUAUUCACUGAUACUGUUGAAAUAAUGCAUUAUGCAAAAGAAUAAUGAAAUUCACAUUUGUUCAGAAAUUGUUUAGGUAGGUAUCACUACUAGAGCUAGUGGCAUUGAUUUAGGUAUUAUCUCUGUAAGGAUAUUUUUUUAUAUGUAAAAUGAUAAAAUAAA